CUGCACACUCCACAAUCCACAAAUUCCGUCGCCAGCGUCCAUCGCGUCGUCUCCAGUUCGCCCUCCGACAAUGCUGUCACUGUGGUUAGCAAAAAUGAUGAGGAUAACGACGACCGUGAUGACGAUGAGAGCGAUGACAAUGGAGUGGAAGUGAAUCCAAACCUGGAGGGUGGCAGGUGCUUCCACUCCACCUCCUCUACGUCCUCACGACCAUUGACUCAUAUUGGAGGAAAGGUCGUCGAGCAGGCAACACUCCAAUUCAGCACCAUCCACCUUCUUACCCUUCCCAUUGUCAUCCCCUCCACCGCUGCCGCCAACAACAUCGCUGUCAACUAA